UGCCUAAGCACGUACAGAAAUUCGAGGAAACAAAAAAAACGAAAUUGCGCGAAGUUUGCAGAACUGCAGGAGAAAACUUUGAACCGUUUGUAGGGAAAAUACAAAGUGAACAAGUUUUUUGAAUUUUGAGUUUUGAAUUUUAAAUAGUGAGACCUGCAAGCGAGCGAGAGAGUGAAAGGGAGAGAGAGAAAAGCAGCGUGAGGAGGAAAUAAAUAUGUGAACCGUCCUACCCCUUUUUCUCCCCUCAAAAAAGCUAGUUCUUGGAAUCGUGUGUCAUUUCUACCUCCCAGAGCCUCUCAGCCGAGACAACCGGCUAUCAGAAGCAAGCAGACGGCUGCCCCUCCUUGUGUCACUCACAGGCAGACAGCAGCAGCCCUGCCGUGCGCCGGACAUGAAUGCAUUGACAGCUGUCGCUGCAGCCGGACGCCCCGACGGGACGCCCAGAUAGGAGAGUCUUCUUGCGCGCGACUCUCCUAGUCUAGAGGAUACCAUGAACAGACCCGUCGACCCAAAGUUAAUGCAAGAUCAAGAUUUAAAAGAUUCCACGGAGAGCAGGUGAUGUCGGUCAAGCUGCGCUUUGAGUAUCCGGCUGAGGGUGGGGUCCAACGGAGCCGCUCAUUCACGGGCUUCAGCACCCUGAACAGCCGACGCCGUGUCUCCUCGGUGCAGAGCUCCUUAAGGUCCAAAGGGUUAUCAGGGAAAUCUCCCAGAAUGCCUUACUCCUCUGGCAGGUUGAGCAGCAGCAUAUGGGGCCCCCAGUCCAGUCAAGUUGAUAGGGUCUUCCAGGCACUGAGGAAGGGGCUUAAGGAAUAUCUUCAGGCCCAUCAGGCAGAGAUGGACUUCCUUACUUCACAGCAGAGGGACAGCAAGAGAAAUUCCAGACUGGCUUUUCUCUAUGACCUGGAAAAGGAGAUUCGCAUUCUGGAGCGGUACAUACGCAGGCUGGAGUUCCACAUCAGUAAGGUGGAGGAGCUGUAUGAAACAUACUCUAUCCAGUGGCGUCUCUGUCAGGGGGCUAUGAAUAUGAAGAAAGCCUUCUCCCUUUCCCCAACAACCCGUGCUUCUCGGGGUAGCCUGCUGGAGCUCAACCGAAGCCACCGGCUCAGCCUGGAGGACAUGUACAUCAUGGUGGGAGAACUGGAGAUUCUCCUUGGUGAACUGCGCAUCAAGAUGAAAGGAUUGAUCGGCUUCGCUCGUCUUUGUCCUGGAGAUCAGUACGAGGUAAUUAUCCGCCUGGGAAGGCAGAGAUGGAGGAUAAGAGGGAAGAUCCAGGCAGAUGACCAGCAAUCGUGGGAUGAGGAGGAGAUGGUCUUCCUGCCUCACAUAUAUGAAAACUUUGAGAUAAAGGUGACGGAGGUGAAGGGCUUGGUCUCAGUGCCUGUGGGCGUGGUUACCUGCGAGAGUGCGGACUUCUUCACGGCGCAGCCACAGAUGAUGGUGGUAGAUAUCACGGAGCUGGGCACCAUCAAGCUUCAGCUGGAGGUGCUGUGGAACCCAUUUGACAGUAGGGAGGCGAGACCAGUCACCCCAUCCCCCAGCAAGCCCUCCAUCCAUAGCCGAAAGGGCUCCAUCUACAGCUGGACCCCUCCCAGCACUCCUAGUUUCACGGAGAAGUACUUCAUUACUAUGGUCAAGCAGUUCCAGGACUCUGAGAACGCCUUUUCUGUGAGCUCCCAGGAAUCCAGAGGGAUUUCCCUACUGAGCUAUCUGUCAGAUACCUCCCAGGUCUUUAUGCCCUCCAUUUUUGGGGGAAGUGAGAUGCAAAUUAACAGCGUGAGGUCAUCCGAUGCCCGGGACCAUAUGGGAAUGAAGCUGUCAGCAGGGGGCAGCACUGAUUGGCUGCCUGACUCUGAUCAUUGCCCAGCUACUCCCAGGAGGCUGACGCCUUCUCUCCCUCGGUAUGGCACCCCUGACAUCCUCAAGCAGAAUGAAGGCUCUGCCCCCGUCAGACACACAGAGCACAUGGAGGCCGUCAGCAAGGACGUCAGCGUCAUGGAGCCGCUCUCCUUCAAGAACCCAGAGGGCCCACCCCUGACCAUCCCAGUGGUCACCAGUGCUCAAAGCAGAGCCUUGGCUCUGGCCAUCAGCAGUCAUCUGGGCCAACUGGAGGCAGAGCUUCAGCAGAAACACAUCUGCGAGCCCGAAACGGAGAAGCUGGAGAAGCAGGUCCAGCGUUUCAAGAUCAUCUUAAAAAACGAUAACUACAUGCCCAAGCCGUCCCCUACAGAGACCCUGUCCGUGGAAGAGGUUCUUGGAAGUUUUGACUUUCUCUCCAUGGACUUCAACGCAGACGAAGUCUCCUCCCUGGGCAGCGUGCGGCUGAGGAAUCCGGAAAUCAGCUCAUUUAAGGGGAACAAUCUGACAAUCCUGGGCCUGACGCCACAAGACGUACAGUCUCAGAAGAAAGCAGAAAGCAUACCUCUGACCACGGGGCACUGUGGCCUGGAUCAGACAUUGGAAAUUCAUCUCGGCAUGUGUAACAUGCUUCUGCAGCACAUCAAGCGCACAGAUUCACCUAUUGUCCAGAAGGAACUGCUUGAUGAACUAUCACAGCAACUUAAGGUACUAGAAAAAGUUGGCAAGUUGUCCCUGGAGAAGAAUUUAGACUUGACCUCAAUAAAAGACAUCGUCCCAAAGGCGCAGAGGCAGAAGAGCCUGCUGGCUUUCUGGGAGGAGUGCACUCUCGGCGGGUCGCCGUUCUGCUGCUCAGCCAAGGUGGCCCUGCAGACGCUACGCAAACGCUACAUCCACAAAGUCAAAGCCAAGCAACCGGGCCAGACUGACGCAGUUUUCCUGCAGCUGCUUCAGCAGAUGCAGUCCAUCUGCAGGAUGGUCCCAGUGCCUCCGCACAGCUCAGAUCAUGUGACCAUCUUCCAGUUCUUCAACCACCUGACCAGAUGGGGCCUGACGGAUUUCGGAGAGCACGUCUCCCGCCUCUCCAAAGAGAUGCAGCUGGUGAGUGCCUUCCAGAGCCCCGAGCGGAGGAGGGCCCUCCGGAGGCUGAAGGGGAAGCGCAUCUCCGAGCUGCAGCCGCUGCACUCCACCCUGCGCCUCCUGGCCACCAUGCACACCGACGACAACCGCAAGGUCUCGCAGGCUGCCAGCUCGCGGCUGUGCAGAGCCUCGGCCUUCAAAGCCUUCAGAGCGAAGGCUGUGGUGUAUUACACCACCAUGCUGGGACACACCGACGCGCAGCUCCAGAGAGCGGCCUGCCUCGCUCUGAAGAGCCUCAGCGCGACAGAAAGUGUGGAGCAGGUGGCUGAUCUGUGGCAGUCAGCGGACGAGGAGUUACGCAACGCCGCCAGAGAGACUGUGCUGUCUUUCGGUAAAACUGGCCACGCCGUAGGGGGGCGAGUCAACAUAACCUCACAUGUUCCCCGCAUGCCUGAACUAGCACCCAACCAACACGAGUUUUACAUUUCAAAAUUUGUGCAAAUUGCGCAAUAUGGACACGUGUGCUUCUGUUAUUUACCAUGGACAGCCGGGGUUUGUACAGUAGAUAGUGAUGUGGUGAUCCAUCAGUGAACCAAUGUAUUAAAAGGUAUAACUAUUUCAACACCACCUAGAACAUUUGGUUAGAACAUUUGCUUUUCCUUGAAAAUAAAUGUCUUACUUUGCUUCAUGUUUUUCUUGUUGAUUCAUGCAUCUAUGGAAACUUCAGUUCACAACCUUAGUCUGUGGAAUAACAUUGGUCCACAAAUCCAAAUUUUUAACCAAUCGCCUGCUGCCCAUGCUGUCUGAAAUGUUCCAGCUUAAAUCAAAUAUUUUCCUGCCUCUGGAUCACAGAUCGGAAUAGUACUUUAAUGAGUGAGUCAUAGAGACGUAGCUUAAGUAGAAAUAGCUAGGAUCCUAGACAAGCCCUUUCCUGCCAAACUUAUCCAUCCAUUUGUAAAUUUCUGUGCUCCUGUGUUUGUACUUUCCCUUACAGGUAAAAAGGGACAGCUAGCAUUCCAGAGAAUGGAAAGGAUUUUCUGUGAGCGACAAGAGGAGAUGUACCAGAACUUGGACACCGAGAUCACUAUAUUAUAAAAAAAUAAGGAAAUCUUUCCAGGAGAUGACGACAGUGAUGCGCUCUGGGUACUGCACACAGACGUUAUAGAGGUGGCUGUUUUGCUUGCAGAUAGACUGGAUAUAGAGGACUGCGGCUGAGGUGUGGCCUGUUACAUCCACUGGGUGUUCAACCAGGGGCCAGAAUUUUGGGAUACCAGAUAUAUGAAUUUAUUCAGAAUUAAGCUUUUUUGUAAAAUGUUGUAAAAUGUUCAUGAGAAUAUUUAUAUACUUAAUUUUUUUUUCAGUUUAUAUGUAUGUCAGUAGUCACAUGAAUAUAUAGAAGAAUGAAUGUACUUUAUGCUGAGUGAUUAAAUUUGGGUCUUUGGGUCUGUCCUGUUUGCUUGAUGUAUCUGUUUUUGGACUUUAAGAAAGCAGAGAAAUCGGCACCUGCGUUUCCUGCAUUGCCACACUAUCUGUUACAGUACAACUAAAUCUGCAUCCUUGUAAUAUAUGUAAUUUUAUAAUAGGUGAUCUGUACUUUUUUACCUGGGUUUUUCAUCAGGGAAAUGGAAAAUUAAUGUUUUAUUUACAAUAUUGCCAUUUAUUCUGUGUUCAUAUAGGAAUAUUCAUAACACUGAAAUUGUACGAGUAUUACAGCUAUUUUUUGUCAGAACUAGAUCCACUUUGUGGCUGUUAAGUAAGUAGGAAAAUUAAAAUUAGAUGCAUUACAUGUUACCUGAUCACAAACCGUGCAAAAGUAUUUACACUCCGUUUAUAAAAUGUUAAAUUAUAGGAAGCCUAUGAGGCUUGUGGCAUUGUCUCUGUCUCUGUUGUUUUGUGUGGGUUAAUUAGAAUGUGAUUAUAAUAGGCAGUUAUCUUUCCCAGUAAUACCCUGAAAUCCAUUCCAAUGUGUAUUUUGAUGGGGGGGGGGGUGUCUAUUUAGUUUCGUUAUACAACAAUAAUUAGGCAGAAUAUUGCAGAUGAUAGGUAUCAUUAUGGCUGAUUAAACUGGGUUCAAUAAAGACAGGCAAGAUUAAAAAA